AUUCAACUUUUGUUCAGUUCACAAUCUAAUUGAAUUUGCAUGUUGUGUAGAUAAGGUAUCUAAAAUAGGUGCUUACCCUAUGUGACCCUGUAUAAUUAGUAUAAAGUCUAGGUUGGAAAACCAAGUAUUAAACCACUGGUUUGUAGAUCUAGUUUGAGUAUAGCAUCUUCUAUGUCUGAACAAUGAAGUAUCUGCUGGUGCUACAUGUGUGCCUGGUUGCAGUUGGAUUUCUUGUAGUGUGUAGCUCUGCACAGAAUGGGGUUUGCUCAAAAACUAAAUACCGUCAAGGCACUAGGUCACAACAGUUUCCAGUCACUCGUAAUGUGCCCCAAGUUUAUUCAUACCGUUGUGGCCUUUUCAAUUGGCGUCGUUGUCGUGCAACAAGAAACAUACAAGUAUCAAGCAACGAGUACAAGCAAGUCACUCGUACAGAAAGCUACACAGAAAAUUAUUGCUGUGAACGUUUCAUUGGCUCUCCUCCAAAUUGCAUCAUUACAUGUCCAGUCAUAAAUAACCCUUCAAAUGGAAAUGUGGUCUAUAGCUCCACUGUGUAUCGAAGUGUAGCUAACUACCACUGCACUCCUGGAUACACACUCAAUGGUGCCAGCAGUCGUACUUGUCAAUCAAAUGGACAGUGGACUGGAUUACAACCGUCAUGCCAACACGUUACCUGCUCGGUUCCAACACGACCAAUGAAUGGACAUGUUUCCUACACUUCUAUUUACUACAAUGGUGCUGCCCACUACUCCUGUAAUGAUGGUUACAAGCUAGUUGGCUCACUGAGUCGUACUUGUAUUGGCAGUGGACAAUGGAGCGGUGCACUGCCCAGUUGCCGCAGGUUACAGUGUCCUUUUCUACCUUCUCCUGAGAAUGGCAACGUGGCUGUGAGCUCCAACUACCUCAGUGGAAUAGGUACAUACAACUGUCACUAUGGAUACAGGCUGGUCGGAUCAUCACAUGGGAGGUUUUGUAGCAGUGAUGAGACAUGGACGGGAAUAGCUCCAUUAUGUCAACAGAUACGUUGCCCAGCUCCCACCCAACCUGGUAAUGGUACUGUAAAUGUCACAUCCAACACUGUUGAUGGAAUUGCCCUCUUCUACUGUUUACCCACUCAUUAUUUGGAUGGUUCCAAUCGUCGUGUAUGCACAGAAAGUGGAGAAUGGAAUGGAACACAACCUCAAUGUGUUGAGAAGUGUACUCCCUUCAUUGGUUUUAAUGAGCCCUUUUUGAAAAUCAAAGAAGGAGAAUCGAAAACAGUGUGUUUAAAGACAUGUUCCUGUUACUUCAGCUCCAACCUUACAUUGGAGUUAAAGGCAAGGAGUCAGGAUGAUGCUUUGGAGAAGAAUACAGACCUUGUCCUACCAUCAGAGCUGAUAGUGAAUGCAAAUUCCAGUUGCUUUGAGGUGACUGCUGUAGAUGAUGAUCUGCUGGAAGGUUUCGAGGCUAAGUUACUCCUUCUAUACAAACCUACUGGGGAGAGAUACCACAUAUGUGAAGACAGUGCAAUUCUACCUGUUUCAGUUGUUGAUAAUGAUGAACUGACCAUUGGAUUUGAGAAUUUCUCCAUGAAUGUCCUUGAAGCAGCCGGAACUAUGGAAGUGUGUGUAGUUGUGUCUGCACCUGAGAAAACUGUACAUAUUCCCGAUGUGGUAGUGUAUGUACAGACCUGGUUCUUUGGAGAAGCAAAGCAAGGGGAAGACUACAGAAGUAUUGACAGACUGCCAUUGCCCCUCUCUCAUACUAACCGAAGAGCAUGCUUCCCUAUAACCAUAAUCGAUGACAGUGACUUUGAGGAUAAUGAAGAGUUCUCAUUGCUCGUGGAAAGAGAUUCUGUAGUUGAUCUUACCAUCCCUUUAACACUUGAGCCCAAUCAAUUGACCCUAAAGAUCAUGGAUGAUGAUGGUAUAUCACUAGGCUUCGAGAACUAUGAGAGUAGUGUGGAUGAAGGGGGCACAGACAGUGUUUGCAUUGAAGCAAAAUUUCCUUUCCCAGAUAUCCAAUCGUUUUUUGUUCUUCUCAACACAAGAUCACUCACAGCUGAAGAGGGGAGUGACUAUGCAGGAGUUAACAAUGUUCGGGUAGGACCAUUUUCUCCUGCUCAAUUGAGAAGAUGUUUCUCCCUCAACAUAACGGAUGAUGCUCUAACUGAACAAAAAGAAGAUUUCACGUUGGAAAUAAGUGGGGAGCCAGAUUAUGUGAUUGUUGUGCAGCGAACAACACUUGUUACCAUCAAUUAUGAUGUUAAAGAUGAGCCGAUGCCAUGUGACAGUCCUUUGAGACUAAUUUAUGCACCACUUUUUAAACACUGUGAUGAUUGUGAGUAUCCACGUGAGUGCUUGAAUUGGGUAGAGAAACCCGGCAGCAGGGUUGAAGUGCCCAAGAAAAUCUGUUCAAGCAAGAAAAUGUGUGUAGAGCAUUGCACGUUGAACGCAACCAACAAGGAAAAUUGUAAUGCUAAAGAAGAGUUAAAAUCAACGUGUGUUCUAACAACUGGGCAAAAAUUAGCCUCUGAGAUAGGUGCUGGUAACGGAGUUUCAACUCCGCCAAAAACAACACCUAAAGAUGCCACCAGUAGUCAAUCAAGAGGCAGGAGACAAGCAGACGGUACCCACUGUUAUGAGCCACAGGAUGCACUAUCACUCAAUCCUCAACAGUGCAAUGCGUAUUCACUUCAAUGUCCCUAUUCUAACAAUGAAAUUCGAAGUCGGGGUCCGAAGGCUCCUUGUACGAAUCGAUCAGUGUUGUUUGUUCUGGACUCAUCUCAUAGUGUUGGGUAUGAUUUAUUCAAGGAGGUUUCAGAAUCCCUAUCUCACCUUGUGGGGCAUUUAUGUGGUGAUGUUCAAUUUGGGUUAUUGAAGUUCUCUAGUGCAGCAUAUCUCGAAUUUUGCUUCGAUUGCUACUCAAACAAUGAGCGAGACAAACUCCGAGACAGAAUAAUAAAUACUGAAUACCUUGGACACUCCUCCUUCACAGGCUAUGCAACACGGUGUGCUAACAGCUUUAUGUUUGGCGAGUCCAAUUCUUGUGGGGAUCACGAAGGAAGAUGUGUUGACAUCAUUUUUGUCACUGAUGGCCAAUCAAGCGAUCGAGCCUUUAUUAAUGUUUGUGACCAAGUCGAAUGCCUUCACAAGAACCCUCUCAUUUCUGACCGUCUCAAUAUCUAUGCUCUGAACGUAGGUACGUCAGCUUUAGACGAGGCUCAAUGCAUAACCAAGUACUCAAAGCUUAGGGAUGGCUCUUCACCAAUAUUCAACUUCAAUUCUAUUGACGACCUGAUUAUUGAGUUGAACACCGUGAUUCGCUUGAUAAGUCAGGACCAACAAAAACACAGGGAGAGUGCCAGCAAGUUGGUUUAUCAAUGUAAAGGGUAAUGAACCAAACAACUUAUGAGAAUUAACUGAUAAUUUUAGCUAGUUUAUUCCAUAAAAGUUUUUGUAAAAAGUAUGACUAGCCAAAGGCAUCGUCGAGUGGACAUAUGAAAUUACUGCUUAUCACUCUAGACUAUUGUAUCUUAUUUGUGUGCUACGUAUAUCCAGAAGCCCAUUUUUUAUGUGCUCCUGGUGUAUGUUACUGUGUGCUUGUCUUUCCCAAAAUAUAGAUAUCUUC